UGCCAAGUCAAGCCACCAACUUUGAAUUCUACAAUCACAAGCUUGUGAAAAGCAGAAUUUUUGAUGAAAGAAGCUUCCCGUUAGGCCUUUCCCCCAUAUCUGACCUUGAAUACUUCAGGCUAAUCGAAAUGUCCCCAUUUUGCUGCUCACCUUCUGACGUCCCAUUUUCCGCACAAAUUUCCUAGGUCUAAUUUGUCAAUCCAUCAAAUUAGUCAAAAAAUCCUCGGGAAUUGAAGUUACUUUCUUCCAUCCGAUUUUUUUUUGGAGUGUAUUAGUUGAGUGUUAACAUGCGACCGUUCCUCCCACAUGCCGAUUAAGUUCAGAUCUCAAUGCUACAAUAAUGGAAAACUUACGAAGAACACGAUCACGGAGUAUGCAGACGACCUCCCAAUUCGGAGGUCGUCUGCCGAAGCAAAUACAAAGAGCUUUGCCUAUUUAUGCCAUUCUCAUCCUUUUAAUUUUGAUUAUCUCAAAUGUUGAUACUCUGAAAUCAUCUACGGUAUCGCAUGCAAAAAGGUCGACACAGAAAGUUCUGAAAGGCGUCACAACCUCAGAAUUCCCAAGGAAAAUAUGGCAGACAUGGAAAGUUGACCCAUUGGGUUUCGCUGAAAGGGACCUUCUGAGUGCCAGGACUUGGACUCAAUUAAACCCAGGACACAGAUACGAGGUUUUAACAGACAACAAUGAUAUGUAUUAUGUUGAAACGAACUUCGGGCCAGAUGGGUUUAAUAGGCCUGACAUUGUAGAGAUGUAUCGGUCGCUGAAGGUACAAAUUAUUAAGGCUGAUCUUUUGCGCUACUUGAUAAUGUACGUUGAAGGUGGUGUUUAUACCGAUAUUGAUGUCGAAGCGUUGAAGGCAGUCGAUACCUGGAUUCCUGAUCGAUAUCCUGUAGGCGAUGUUGAUAUGGUUGUAAGUGUUGAGAUCGACCAACCAGAUUUCAAAGACCAUCCGAUUCUUGGUCAAAAGUCGCAAUCCUUCUGCCAAUGGACUUUCAUGUGCAAGCCCCGUCUUCCUGUUAUGUUAGCACUUGUCGACAACAUUCUACUGUGGCUACAAGAUAUCGCUGCGGAACAAAACGUUCCAAUAUCAGAGAUCAAGCUCGAUUUCGACGAAGUCAUCUCCGGCACAGGUCCUUCAGCAUUCACCGGUGCGAUCUUGAAAGAAAUGAGCAUAAAGACUGGAAAUCCAGUUGAUUGGACCACGUUUCAUGCCAUGCGGGAAUCAAAACUAGUUGGGGGAUUCCUGGUUCUCACCGUGGAAGCAUUUGCUGCCGGACAAGGACAUUCAGAUUCUGGGAAUCACAAUGCGAGAGGAGCUCUGGUAAAACAUCAUUACCAUGCUUCGGAAUGGCCUUUACUACACCCUCGUUUCAGUCACCCAAUAUAUGGCGAGGUUGAGAAAUGCAACUGGGAGCCGGAAUGUGUCAGGAUAUGGGAUGAAAAUAUGGCUGCAUUUGAGGCGCUGUCACCGGAAGAGAAGGAACAACAGAUCGCGAUCAAGAAGGCAUUGGACGAGCAUGAUGCACUUCAUGCGCAGAUGGGCGCUCAAACAUUCGGUUCGAACGCAUUAUUAAUGCCCCAACAGAAUCUGAAUCCGAUACCGCAAGCAGCGAUUCCGCAGCCACAACCAGGAUUCUAUCCAGAUGGCUCACCUGUGAGGAAUUUGGACGGUUCUAUUAUGAGAAACCUGGACGGCUCACUACCCGUAAAUCCAAACGCGCCGCCUCCGGCACAGAAACUCGAAAUAAAGGACUUGUCCGCUCCUCAUAUUGAUCCGAAUCUUGCGCUACUGCAGCCAGAGUCUAAUCUCGAGUUCAACGACAAGAAACAAGAAAAGAAUGGUGACCCCGCAAAUGUGCAAGCAAAUCCAGUAGGCGAGAUGCUACUAGGAGGUUCGUAAUCGUAUACGAGUAAUGGAAUGCGCACUGUUAUAGAUGAUAUCAGAGAGACAACAAGAUUUUAUGGCACAUGCUUUAGAUUUGGAGGUUUUAUUUUGUCUUAGAGCAAUCUAAUAGAUUUCUAAGGGUGCGGAGGAGGACUAUAAUGAGAGAGGAAUACGCCUUGAGGAAUAUCUCGGCUGUCUGAAUGGUUAUUAUUGUCUUUUCCUUGCUGGGAGAUGAAGCUGGAAAGAGGUGUUUAAUAGCUUCAAAGGAAUGAUGAUACUUUCGUAUUCAGUUGGAGUUGGGGAAUUUAAUGACUG